AUGGCCUGUACAGUGCCAUCAUUACCGGCAUUAUCCUCGCCGGCUUCGUCGGAGGCUGCCUCUGCUUCCCCAGAAGUCUCAUCUCCAGCCACGUCGAAUGACGAGUACGAGGAACCCGAACGAGAGAUCUACACCAUACACGACCUCCUGCUCGCGCGAGCCAACGGAAAAGCCGCUGGCGAGCCUAUUGUCGCGUACCCUUCUCAGGACAUCGAGUAUGCAUACUAUACUCCUCGCCAGUUAGAUGACUUUGUGGAGACCGCGGCUGUUCACUAUGCGGAGGUAAUUCCCCAACGUCGAUCAUCGGAGGAUCCUGUGCAAGUCGUGGGUUUACUGGGCCCCUCUGAUUUUGAAUACCUCAUCACAUUGAUGGCCAUUUCAAGACUGGGACACACAGUACUGUUGCUUUCUACGCGCAUCGCCGAGGAUGCCUAUGUCAGUCUGCUUGACGCCACCAAGGCCUCUUUUCUCAUCGCACAAGAUGGUUUCAAGGCUAUGGCGGACAGCGUAAGCAGUAGGACGGGUGUUGCAGUACAGCCAGUGUUGAAGCGCGAGGACUAUGACAACUCCACUACCGGCAAGCUGGUUCUCGACGCCAACAAUCUUGACGGGCCGACGGAGGCCAAGAAUGUAUGCUGGAUCAUCCAUUCGAGUGGCUCAACAGGACACCCCAAGCCGAUCUAUCAAACGCAUGCGGGUGCGUUGAAAAAUUACGCCAAUAAUUUUGGUCUCAAGGGAUUUAUCACCCUGCCCCUCUUUCAUGCCCACGGCAUCAGCUGUCUGUUCCGAGCAAUUCACUCCCAGAAGCUAAUCUAUAUGUACAAUGCGAAGCUGCCAUUGACAGUCUCAUACUUACUAUCCACUCUGCAGGGACACCCGGACAUUCAAGUGCUCUAUGCCGUUCCAUACGCCUUAAAACUUCUUUCCGAGUCGGCACAGGGCCUGGAGUCCUUGGCGCGGAUGGAGCUGGUCAUGUUUGGGGGCUCGUCCUGUCCCAAGCCGAUUGGCGACACACUCGUGCAGAAUGGGACUUUACUAGUCUCCCAUUAUGGGACCACUGAAACGGGACAACUGAUGACAUCCUUCCGGGAGCGCUCAGAUCUAGACUGGGAUUAUGUUCGACCAGGUCCCUCCUUGCUACCAUAUAUUCGAUGGGAGGAGCGACUUCCUGGGAUCUACGAACUUUCUGUCCUAGAGGGCUGGCCAUCGAAGGUGGCUAGCAACUGCCCUGAUGGAUCCUAUGCCACCAAGGAUCUAUUUGAGAAGCACCCCACCAAGCCGAAUGCCUGGCGUUACUACGCUCGACUGGACGAUACACUGGUGUUGGAGAAUGGUGAAAAGGCUAAUCCGCUCAUUAUCGAGGGCGUCGCUCGUAAUCAUCCGGAUGUGGGCGAGGCAAUUGCCUUCGGUGCCAACAAGGAUCGUCUGGGGUUAUUCCUCGUUCGUGCAGCGGACGCUGUGAGUAAGACGGACGAAGAGAUCAUUGAUGCGGUCUGGCCGGCCAUCGAAAUGUGCAAUGCGGACUCCCCAUCUUAUGCUCACAUUUCGCGUGAUAUGAUCCAAGUCCUCCCUUCCAAUACGGUAUAUCGCGCAACGGACAAAGGAACCGUUAUCCGCUCUGCAUUCUAUCGCGAUUUCCAGGAGCAGAUUGAGCAGGUCUAUGAGCAGGGUGAUGCUACUGGUGAUCAAGUUCUUGAGGGAACUGAGUUGAAUGACUUUCUCCGCGAAAGCUUGCUAGAAGUAGCGCCAACCGUCGAUUCUGCUGUGUUGGAGGAUACCACCGACGUAUUCAGUCUGGGUGUCGACAGUUUACAGUCAAUUCGCUUACGCAAAGAAAUCGUCAAGACGCUCAACCUCGGUGGUCAAAAACUAUCCCAAAACUUCGUGUUUGAACACCCCUCGAUUCAGCGCAUGGCAGGUGAAAUCACCCGGCUCCGCCUGGGGCUCGAUGCGGACAAACAGAUGCCCAUCGAAGAACAGAUGUCGCAGCUGAUUGAGAAGUAUAGCAAGAAUUUUAAAACGCAUAUUCCGGUACCGCAAGCCAUAGAUGGGGAGCGCAUCGCUGUGACUGGGGCUACCGGCUCGUUGGGAGCGCACCUCGUUGCCCAGCUGGUCCAAAUGGAACAUGUCCAGACAGUUUUUUGCCUGGUUCGGGCAGAUUCUGUGCACUCUGCCCUUCGCCGGGUGCGACAAUCUCUUUAUGAACGUGGUCUAUUGUACAGCUUAAGUCCCGCUGAUGAACGCAAGAUCGUUGCUUUGCCCGCGCAACUCUCGAAUACGUCUCGCCUCGGCUUGGAUGAAACCACAUACACACAGUUGAUUCAGUCGCUGACCGCCGUGAUCCACUGUGCUUGGUCAGUCAAUUUCAACUGGUCUCUGGACAGUUUCGAGGAUAGCUGUAUUGCCGCGACUCGUCAUCUGCUCGAUCUCUGUCUGGACGCACAGGGGCCUAUGCCCGCAAGAUUCUCCUUCUGCUCGUCUGUCAGCACAGUGGCUCGGACCCCAGGACACUGGGUACCGGAAGAGCUGCCUGAGUCUUUGGCAUACGCCCAAAACAUGGGCUAUGCGCAGUCAAAGCUAGUGACAGAACACAUCGUCAACCGCGCGGCGCAACACACUAACAUCGCUGCCCGAGUCUUACGUGUAGGCCAAAUUGUUGCAGACACCGCCCAUGGCGUCUGGAAUGCUACAGAGGCUAUUCCCAUGAUCCUCCAGACGGCAAAGACCAUCAAGGCUCUUCCUCAGCUGGACGAUGUUCUCUCCUGGACCCCUGUUGAUGUCAUUGCCAACAGCGUCAUUGAACUUACAUUGGGAACAGACGCAGCAGACAUAGUGAACCUUACCAACCCCACGCUCAGUCAUUGGACUCGCGACCUGCUUCCGCUGCUCAAAGCCGCUGGGCUAGAAUUCGAGCAAUUGCCCCAGCGCGAAUGGUUGAAACGUCUGCGUCAUUCUAACCCAGAUCCAGCCGAGAAUCCUCCUAUCAAGCUGAUCGAGUUUUUUGCCAGCAAGUACGACCAUGAUCGGCCGAGUCGAGUCCUCCUCUACGACACAAAGAAAGCUCAGGCCGGUGCACCAGCUCUCCGCCAGGCGGGAGGGUUAAACGCACGGUUUGUAUCACGUUUCAUGGCAUAUUUCCAAAGCCAUUGCUGGGCAAACAAGGAAACAACAUCUGUGCCCAAGAUGACCCGCGAGGUCAUCUUCCUGGCAGGUCCUUGCGGCUGCGGUAAGAGUACUGCGGCGCAGGCACUGGCGCAACGAUUUAAUAUACCCAUCAUUGAGGGUGACGAUCUCCACUCGCCAGCUUCCCGACAGCGGAUGGCCAACAAUAAUCCUCUCACCGACAGCGACCGGUGGGACUGGUUGGCUCAUAUUCGUGGAGCAGUGAUGGACCGACUUCAACACUCAGCGGCACCAGCGGUCGUAGUCACUUGCUCGGCGCUGCGGACUAUCUACCGGGACGAACUGCGGCGCUUGUCACUACUCUUUGACUUCCCCGUCAAUGUUACCUUCCUUAUGUUGUCAAUCAAAGAUCGAGCACAGCUGAGGGACCGGCUCGUUGCUCGGUCCGCUAAGGAGGGUCACUAUAUGAGCUCGGCUAUGGUUGACUCGCAACUGGAGACGUUGGAGGGUCCAUCUGGGUCUGAAAGUGACGUGAUCUCGCUAGAUUCUAAUCAACCGAUGGAGAAUAUGCUGCAAGAAGUAGAGGAUGUUGUUCAGGGCUUUCUGAAUUUGUGA